AGCUUAGCGAAUGGCCUUGUAGGAACAGAACUUGGGCUACGUCGCAAUGGUGAAGAUUGGCGAUUACGAAUUGCUAGACCACUUCGAAAAACAGCUGGAUGCCAUCCAUUCUAUACAAGAAGAAGUCGACAGCUUUGUGCAACGGAUCAAGGACAAAGUGGCAGGCUUGGAGGAUGUGGUCCAGAAACAGCUCGACAGCUCUUCGGCCGCUUCCGAGAUGGAGUGCGAAUUUACCAACGCCCAUCCCGAAGGUGCAAGAGCGAGAGCAAGCACCGCAGAGGAUAUGAGGGGCUUGUCAGAGCCAGCGGCUUUGCAGGAACAUAGGGAGAAGAAGUGGUCGGCCAAUGCGGGCUGGUAUUGGCCUUUGGGAACCAUGAGCUCCCUCACGCAGACCACCAACUUUAUGGUCGGAGGCAAAGAAUUGCGCUUGCACAAUCGCUGGAUGCAGCUCUCAAUGCAGGCUGAGGCCCUGCUGGCCUUGUCCGAGCAGAGGCGUAGAGUCUCAGCCAGCGCCGGGCAGAAGCUGUCCUUCCACAGAAGGUCCUUGUCCAACCACUCCCUCAGCAGCAGCCGCAUGCCUGCUACGUAUCAUCCACUUGGAAAGGUGAGACUGAUUUGGGAUUUGGUUGGCCUCAUCUUGCUCCUGGCGGAUGCCAUUCUGCUGCCCUUGUCCUUGGCCUGGGACUGGCAGCAGGGCUAUGAGGACGCCGGGAGCGUGUUCUUGCUGGUGGUCUUUAUGGUCAGCCUGGUGUUCUGGAGUUUGGAUAUCUUCAUGAACCUCAACACUGCCUUCUACGAACGAGGAGCUCUUGUUUUCAGCCGAAGGGAGAUCCUGAAGCACUACAUGCGGACCUGGUUUAUCAUCGACUUGGCUGUUGUAGUCUUGGACUACAUCACGUUGGCAGAUCUGGUGGGGCAGUCGCAGGGAAAUGAAUUGGGCCUUGUAAUGCGCUCCAUGCGAGUUGCUCGGGCCUUCCGGCUGGUGAGACUGUUGAAGAUGGCUCGAUUCGAUGACCUGAUGCAGGAGAUUGCCGCCUCGACGGGGCGGCAAUGGAUCAUGUUGGUGGUGGCCAUCAUCAACUCCGCCGUUGCCAUCUUGCUGGUGGCUCACGUCAUGACCUGUUUCUGGUUCUUCCUGGGCCGCAUUGUCUUGAGUGACAGGCAGGUGAGCUGGCUUUCCCUGGCAUUUGCUCAAGACCUGGAUCCAUUCACGCAGUACCUGCAUGCGUUCCGCUACGUCAUGGAUGCGCCAUCGCCCCCAGUGAUUGCGGAAGACAGUGUUACAGAGCGCUUUUUCGACAUCCUGACCAACAUCUUUUGUUUGGUUGUCAUCGGCUCUGCGAUCUCCAAAAUUUCAGGGACCAUGGUGGAGCUACGAAGCAUGAACGAGGCCAAGUCAAAACAGCGAUGUGAGAUCCGGCAUUACCUGCACAGCCAAGAUGCAUCCUUUGAGCUGGUGUCCAGGGUCAUGAAGUUUGUUGACUACAAAUUGGAUAAGAUGAUGCCUACCACGUUUGACAACGGCUUGAUCUCCAGCACACUGCAGACAGAGCUUUCUGUGAAUCAAAGGGCGCGGUUCAUCCAAACAAUGCCUAUAUUCGAUCUUUCUCUGACCCUUUAUCCUGAGGUGUUUUCCUCUAUAUGCGUGGUAUUGAAAAAGGUUGUGUGCGAAAAUCAAGAGGAGGUGUUUGCCGCGGGAGGAUUGUCGACAUGCAUGUACAUCACUGUCACUGGAGAGUACGCCCACAUCGAAGGCUUUGAUGGGACUGGAGAGCAAACACUUCUGACAGGAGUCAACUGCUUGGAGGAGCUCAGCUUGUAUGUGGAUGCCUUGGCUCUGAAUUCUUCCUUGGUGGCCAUGACCUUCUCUGAGAUGUUCACCUUGGACGGAGACAACUUGGUGAGCUGCUUGCAGAACUCUCCCAGCUGCGCGGCCAUGUUCUUCGAGUACGCCAAGGAGUUCACCCAAGCGGUCAAGAAGAUUGGUGGGAAGGCCGGAGUCAAAGAGCAGGCCGUGCUGGCACGGCGAAGCUGCAAGAAGACGCAAGUUUACCAGGACUUGUAUCCUGACCAGGAGACCAGCUUGGACAACAUCAAUCUGACCUGCGCCCGGCAAAAGCUGAACUCCGCAACCACCACGGAAGAGCUUGGGCGUAUGAGCGCAAGCUCCUUGACCUUUGCAGAUGUUCCAGACGAGGAGGAGGUGCCUUGCGAACCUGUACGCCAUGACUGGGCUGGGCUCAAGUGGCUGAUUGAAGAGGGCUGGCCGGAAUCUCUGGAGGAGAAAGAGCUCCCCGAGCAGCUGCAAAGCUGUUUGCCGGAAUUGGACCCAAAGGGUGGACCUCACGUGAUCUUCGAGCAGCCUAUGGAGCGAGAUCGCGCGGAGUCCUCGUGCAUUUGCACCUUGGCUUUGCUUUUUGACCGCUAUGACAUCUUCACACAUCCGCAGCCGCCGGGUGCGAAGCUUCGUCCUGAUCAGUGGCAGAUGCUCCAGCGCACCAUCAAGUGGGCGCAGCCCACCGAUGACCAAGUCCACGCCGUCCUGGUGUUGCUGGCCAUUCGCUCGCUCGGGAAGUCCAACAAUGUGGCCAAGCAGGUGCCAUUGGAUGAGAGAGUUCCUGAAAAAGUCGUCUUGCACCUCAUCGACAACUACACCAAUGUCAUACCAUCCGUGCGGGAGUUGAGCGAGGAGGGUCUCAGGUAUGCCAAGAGCGCGCUGCACUUGCAUUCGAUCUUCAACUUUGCGCAAAUGCUGCAGGGCGAAAAUGUACCCGCGAGUGUUCGCCAAUUGCAAGAGAGCAUCCAGCGCGACGGGAUAGAAGUGCUACGAUUUUACAUCCUUUUCCUGCUUGGGUUCAUGAGCGGCCUGGGUGCAGGGCGUGGGUCGAGGUUUUUGACGGCAAGGCGCGCCGAAAAUUUCAUCGAGGGCGUGCGAACCCUGAAAUACCUACUGGAUGCCUCACCGUGUGGCAUCUACUGGGGCUACCUCGCAUCUCGAGCGCACAGCUUGGCAGUGCCUACCUCCGCCCCUGAGGACCUGGUGCUGAUUCGCCUGGCAUGCUUGGCACGAGUGGAGGACCGGACCGCCUACCGGCAGUUGCAGGAGUGCUGGUGCUCCUUGGGUGCUGUGGAAAGGUUGGCGCUGACUCAGCAUUUCCUGGCAGAUGGCCUUGAAGAGACCGCCUUCGUUUUCGAGUUCCUGCCUGACUGUGUAGCCAAUGCCGUGCGAAAUCAGAACAUUGGAUUGGCGUGCCUUCUGGAAAUGCUGGUGUGCCUGCUCAACAUGCUGCAGCCAGCUGCGCCAAGCAUGCUUGCGAACUUGAAGGAUGCCAGAGUUAUUCUGGUGAACCUUUCCGACAUGAGCGAGUUCAUUGCCUGUGUGCGGAACCGGUUCGUAUUUGAAACCUGCGUUUCACGCUGCAAAGUCAGAGUUUCAGGCGGGCGAGUGCAGCUUGAGAUGACAGGGAGCAACUGGGCAAGGGUAAACGAGCCCAACUCCGACAUCACAAGCCUUGCCUACAGCGUGAAAGACGUGUUGCAGAAGCAACGCAACCUGGAAACCCACCUUUUACGCGGGUCCGGAGCCCGCAAGCCAGACACUUGGCGUGUGUAAAAGCAUAAAAAAACGAAACUCCUGAUUGUUUUGGAUUCCGUAUGUGUGUGUGUGUUGGUCAGAUGGCCAGAUGGCCUUCUUUUUUCGUUCGAAUUGCUAGAGUUGUUGUCGAGUUUGGCUGGCUGUUCUGCUGCUUUUCUGCCACCUUGCAAGUGUCUAAGUGCGAGGCGGCACCAUUUGAUAAACUCAAUGUGUCGCCGGCAAUGUGUUAACAGUUUCACUCUGUUCGACGCAGACGUAGAAGUUUCUCGCCCGAUGUGGCCCGCAGGAGGCACACGAGUACCCAUGGCACCAUAAUGGGAGCAGUGCCCGAACCCCGGAUUGGCCA